AUGGCAUCGCAAUCGAAGCUCGCCUUGCCGGGCGAUCGCACCCUCCGGGGCAUCAUCUCGCAACUCACAACCCUCUACGUAUCCAAUCGCACACGUAUCUCACGCGCUGUAUGGAUAACGCUGUUAGCUGCCCUCGCCAAUCGAAUUCGCCUUGCCAUCUCGGAGCAAAAGGCAGCCUCCGCCCGUGAAUCUGCCCAGCGCGCAGCUCGUCGUGGUACCACAUCCAGUGGAACCGAGGAAACACCCCGAAAGAAAGUCGAGCUGAAUCGCGAGUUCUUUCGGUCAUUGCUUCGGCUACUUAAAAUUGUUGUUCCAGGAUGGCGCAGCAAAGAGUCGAGGCUACUGAUGAGCCACAGCUUCUUCUUGGUUCUCAGGACUUCAAUUAGUCUACGCGUCGCCGAGAUGGAUGGUGCUAUUGUGAAGGCUCUCGUGAAAGGAAACGGAAAGGAAUUCCUGAAGCGCAUAGUAUGGUGGAUGCUCAUCGCGGUCCCUGCGACCUUCACCAACUCCAUGCUAUCGUAUCACCAAGCUGAGCUGUCGCUCAAAUAUCGAUCGCGACUUACGCAGCAUAUACAUGACAAGUACUUAUCCAAUCUGACUUUCUACGGUAUCUCGGCUUUGGAUGACAGAAUAAAGAAUCCAGAUCAACUGAUUGCGGUCGAUGUAUCAAAGUUCUCCAAUAGUCUGGCCGAAUUGUACAGCAAUUUAGCCAAACCUCUACUGGAUAUGACAAUAUAUACCUGGUCUUUGUCGAAUAGCGUCGGUGGUGAAGGUGUUGUCUUCAUGUCACUCCUUGUCCAAUUAUCAGCCAACGUGAUGAGAGCACUAACUCCGCCGUUUGGGAAAUAUGUUGCAGAUGAAGCAAGGUUGGAGGGCGAAUUCCGCUUCCAGCACUCACGCCUUAUCGAUUAUAGCGAAGAAGUCGCAUUAUACGGCGGCCACAACGCUGAAAAAGACACGUUAGACAAGGGUUACUUUACUCUCAUCAAGCACGUCAACUACAUCCUCCGUCGACGAUUUUACCACGGAUUUAUGGAAGAUUUUGUCAUUAAAUAUUUCUGGGGCGCCCUUGGUUUGAUGCUCUGCAGUGUUCCCGUCUUCGUCAAGAUGCCUGGUCAUAUCGCGAUGAAUAUGGGCGAUCGAACAGAAGCCUUUGUCACCAACAGACGGAUGCUUCUCUCUGCAUCCGACGCAUUUGGCCGUAUUAUGUUCUCAUAUAGAGAGGUUAUGGAAUUGGCAGGCUAUACGUCUCGUGUUGCUACUCUACUGGAUGUGAUGGAUGAUGUCCAGGCUGGUCACUUCGAAAAGAAGCUCGUCUCCUCUUCGGGCGUUGAAGGCAACGAGGCUGUUCUCAAGGGGCGUGGAACUGUCCACGAGAGUAACGACAUCACUUUUAUUGAUGUACCCAUUAUCUCACCUAACGGUGACGUGCUCAUCAAAGCUUUGUCUUUCACUCUCAAACACGGAGACCACUUGCUUGUUGUUGGGCCUAACGGCUGUGGAAAAUCGUCUCUUUUCCGCAUUCUCGGCGGUCUCUGGCCUGUUUAUGGAGGCACAGUCUACAAGCCCCCUUUUCACGCCAUAUUCUACAUCCCCCAACGGCCUUACCUUUCCCGCGGCUCCCUUCGCCAACAAAUAAUUUACCCGGAUUCUCUUCGCCAGAUGCGUGCUCGUGGUGUCACGGACGCAGACCUUUUCGAGUAUCUCAAAAUCCUAGGUCUUGAGCACCUACCCGAAUUAUACGAGGAAGGUUGGGACGCUGAGGCUGAGUGGCGCGAUGUUCUUUCUGGUGGUCUCCAACAGCGUGUUGCCAUGGCUCGGCUCUUCUACCAUCGCCCUAAGUACGCUAUCCUUGACGAGUGUACCAGCAGCGUUACCCUUGAGACAGAGAAGGCCAUGUAUGAUACAGCAAAGGCCCUAGGCGUCACUCUCAUGACUGUCAGUCACCGUCGAAGUUUGUGGAAGUAUCACUCCCACAUCCUUCAGUUCGAUGGCCAGGGCAACUAUGUUUUCACCAAGCUUGAUGCCGAUCGACGCCUCAAACUUGAGGAUGAGAAGGAAGAGCUGGAGGUUCGGUUGCGCCAGGUCCCCGAAUUGGAGCGCCGCAUCGCCGAGUUGACGGCUGCUUAG